AUGGCGGUCUCACCCUCAGUUCCCCAUGCCCAAACGGUUGCAAUCUCAAGUCCUACUACAACCAGCAGACUGGGGAAGAAUCUUCCCAUGACCAACUCUCCCAGUAAGAGGAAGAAAACCCCCCUUUCGCCCCAAUCUAUGCAGACCCCAGACCGUGAAAUCACGGAACAAUUGAACGACGAUGUGAGGCAAAAAUAUGUCAAGGAUAAAAAGCUGGGAGAGGGUACCUAUGCCGUAGUAUUUCUCGGCCACCUUAGAAACGAUCCGUCAUCUUUCGUUGCGAUAAAGAAGAUCAAAGUCAAUGCUGAAUACAAAGAUGGGCUUUCCAUGGACGCUAUCCGUGAAGUCAAGUACUUGCAAGAACUUUCUCAUCCAAGUAUAAUUGCACUCCACGAUGUCUUCUCUUCCAAAGAUCAGAACCUCAAUCUCGUCUUAGAGUAUCUGCCGCGUGGUGAUCUGGAAAUGCUCAUCAGGGAUAGUCAUAUUCAUUACGGUGCCGCCGACGUCAAGGCUUGGAUGGGUAUGCUUGGCAGAGGCGUCUGGUUUUGCCACGAAAAUUUCAUUUUGCAUCGGGAUAUCAAACCCAAUAACCUACUUAUCGCUGCUGACGGGGAGGUCAAACUGGCGGACUUUGGUCUGGCCAGAUCGUUCGCUGAUCCCUAUCUUAACAUGACUCACCAGGUAAUUACACGUUGGUAUCGACCUCCGGAGCUGCUGUUUGGUGCGCGACAAUACUCUGGUGCAGUCGAUGUUUGGUCAAUGGGAAUGGUUUUCGCGGAACUUCUUCUCAGGGUCCCAUUUGUUGCAGGAAACUCUGAUCUGGAUCAGAUCUCAAAGAUUUGUGAAGCUUUCGGGACACCGAAUGAAGAAAACUGGCCAGGGUACGGAGACAUGGAUGCCUCGCCCCCGCAAAGCAGAAGCUCAUCUGCACAAGAAUCUUACUCAACAAGUGCGACAACCUUCGAGGACGCGGAUGAAGGAGUUAGCAUGUCCAAGUCGAAUCACAAGCUGAAAGAGACCAAAGGUAACGUUAUUGUCAGCGUUCGAGUGCGUCCUGAUGCGGCCGGAGUCGACAAUACAAAGACAGCCGAAUGGGCCGUAGAUGGGCGGCGUGGCCUCAUCUCUUACAACGGUAAAGAAGGUGGUGAUUAUCUCUACGAUAACGUGUUCUCCGCUCAUGAACAUAACGCUAAAGUUUACGAUGCUGCCGCCAAACGCCUAGUGAGGCGGGUAAUGGAAGGAUAUCAUGGUACUGUCUUUGCAUACGGUAUGACUGGUACGGGCAAGACAUUUUCCAUGCAAGGAACCGCAACAUCACCGGGGGUGAUUCCGUUAGCAAUAACGGACAUUUUCUCUUUUAUAAGGGAAACACCACAUCGAGAAUUUUUGUUGCGUGUCAGCUAUCUAGAGAUUUAUAACGAAAAGAUCAAUGAUCUGCUUUCAGCAUCGACUUCCAAUGGGCCAGCGACCUCUCAACAGGAGGAAAUCAAGUUGCGCGAAGACAGCAAAAGAGGCGUGUAUGCAACCCCUUUGAAAGAAGAGAUUGUCCAGAGCCCGACGCAGCUUCUGCGCGUGAUAGCGAGAGGCGAUCAUGCUAGAAGAACCGGCAGCACGCAGUUCAACUCUCGCAGCUCUCGAAGUCACGCCGUUGUUCAAAUUGUUGUGGAAAGCCGAGAGCGAGUACCUGCUGGGGUUUCUCAGGACAGACGAUCAGGCUUGGUCCCAGGUGGAGUCAGAGUGUCCACACUGAGCCUCAUUGACCUUGCUGGAUCAGAGCGUGCUGCUGACGAUAAGGAGCGCCGUACUGAAGGUGCGCAUAUAAAUAAGAGCUUGCUUACUUUGGGCACAAUUAUCUCCAAACUGUCAGAGGCCAGAGAUAGGAAUGGCAAUACUACUGAUAGAGAGGGAAAGCAUUUGCCAUAUCGAGACAGCAAACUCACAAGACUGCUUCAACCUGCCUUGUCAGGAAAUUCCUUGGUCAGCAUACUUUGCACUAUCCAAUUGGGUGGUGUAGCCAAGUCACACUCCGGCGAAACCCUCAACACCCUGAAGUUUGCAGCUCGGGCCAAGAACAGCAUAGUUAGCCAUGCCAAACGAGCAGAAGAGGCAUUCGGCAGUGGCGGAGGUGAUGGAGGAAGCCGGGUUCUGCUGGAACGGUAUCGUAUGGAAAUUCAGACGCUGCGUAACCAGUUAGAGAGUCAGACCGAAGCCCAAGUUGAGAAAGAGCUCAGGCUUGAAGAACAACAAUUCGAAAAAGAAGCACAGGCACGUCAUGAAGAGCAAAUGCUUGAAAUGCAACUUGCUCGGACGGCACUAAAGGAAAGGAUUGAACACUUAAAUCGUCUCAUACUGUGUUCAAAGUCUACCGGCGUGAAUACCCAUGGAAGCGUAUCCGCUCUUGGUCGACUCUCUAGGAUGUCAGCCAUCGAAACUGGAUCUCGAUCUUUACGUUCUUCAAUCAGUCAGUCAACUUUGGGUGCAUACGGGCACUCUUCAUUUCGACCUAUCUCCUUCCUUUCCGUCAACAGUAAUGAGCCUUCCGGAAAUCUGGUCUUUUCUAGCGGGCAUGAAGAAGAGGAAUUCAUCGGGGAAUUCGCCGACGGCAAGGCAAGCGCUCAGAGACAGAUUGCAGCCCUCCAGGAUGACCUCAACGACAAAAAUCGCUACAUUGCCACACUGGAGAGACGUCUUCUGCAAGCACGGCGUUCUAGUCAUUCCCGGAUGUCUAUAGGGAUGAAGCCUGGAAAUAUCAAUUCUGAUUCGGCCGAUCUUACGUCUUUGCUGAGGGAAAAGGACAUCGAAAUCAAUGAUCUUCGUCUGCAGCUGGAUGACAAAGACCGCAUGCUCACCGCCCUUCGUUCUGCUGCUCGACAUCGCGAUGCCGCACAUUCCACAACUGAUGCAUUUGUUUCCGAGGCGAAAGAUAAACUUGAAUGCCAGCCUUCGCGCGAUGCCGAAUAUUCACCAGCUUAUGAUUUGCCUCUUGGUCUUUCCUCCCCCCCAAAAGUGGGAGAUUCGGAGGGAAAUGAGCGAAACAUAGACGAUGACGUAUCGCGUAUCCUUGAUGAGAUGAUUCAAGAUCGUGUUGAGAGUGGCCAUUUGAUCAAAGGCUCCCGUGGAAGCGUUCGAAUUGCUACGGAAAGUCGACGGACAUCUGAAUCAAUGGCUGAUGUUUUGGGUUUGAGCACGGGUGCUGCAGAUCUGGCGAGAUCUCUUCAAGGUCCUCAAUAUACAUAG